AGCAGCGGGUCAUUCGACUUUCAUUCGUCAAGAAAACUUAUAUCGUGACAAUGAGUGGACGCGGCAAAGGAGGAAAAGGACUCGGUAAAGGAGGCGCUAAACGUCACCGCAAAGUGCUCCGCGAUAACAUCCAGGGAAUUACCAAGCCCGCCAUCCGCCGUCUGGCUCGCCGCGGCGGAGUCAAGCGUAUCUCCGGCCUCAUCUACGAGGAGACUCGCGGUGUGCUCAAGGUGUUCCUGGAGAACGUCAUCCGUGACGCCGUCACCUACACCGAGCACGCCAAGAGGAAGACCGUCACCGCCAUGGACGUGGUCUACGCCCUCAAGAGGCAGGGCCGCACACUGUACGGCUUCGGCGGUUAAACUCUGGAACCUGAACGCAACACGACGCUGAAUAACACAACGGCUCUUUUAAGAGCCACA